GAGGGGGUGGGGUGGGGGAGGAGGGUGCUGCCUCGACAUGGAAAAGGGAAGGUGCAGUUGGAAUGCUGCCGAGGAGAAGUUAAACAGAGCUGCUUCUGCCUGUCAGGGCACACAAGCUGGAUGGCAGCACAGGAGUCCUGACACGAGGGAUAGCGGUGAGAAUCCAGCUGGCACUCUCAAGCAUGUGGAUGAGACGGGACCGGCUGCUGGUGACUGGUGUCCUAGCUGCCAUCUUCACUGCUGACCUGUACUUCAACAUCAUGCCCAAAGUUCAGAAGAUGUACUUCCGAGAUGAGUGCGCCUGUCCCAACUCCAGUGCUGCUGGCACAUUCCCGAGCCACCGUCCUCCUCCUCCUCCACUGGCUCCCUGGCAGCCCUCCUCAGUGGGCUCCUACAUCUCAAGGCUGAACCAAAGUACAAGCAGUCCAGCAGAGAAUGGAUCCAAACUGGAGCACCUUUUUGCUCAUCCUCUGUACAACAUUGGGACCCUGCAGCUGAGCCCAGAGGAAUUCCUUCUACAGAAAGAGGACGCUGAGAGCUACUAUAAGAAAAAGCUGUCAAGGUGGAACAGGCACCAGAAAUAUUACAACACAGCCACCAAUGUAUCAGAAGCUACAAACAUCUUAUCCUUUGAACCCGAGUCCAGCUGGGUAAAAUUUCAUUUGGGAAUCAACCGUUAUGCUUUGUACUCGCGGGAAGAUCCCCAUAUUCACCAGCUGCUGAAGGACAUGACCGAUUUUGACAUCAUAAAUUCAGAUUACACUCAAGACGAGAAAAUUCUCAAAGGGAUGUGUGACUGCAGUCAAGUUGUGAAACCCAGUGGACAUCAUCUGAAGCUUUCCCUGAAGCUAAAGGAUUUCGGGAAGGUCAUGUUCAAACCCAUGAGACAAGAGAGAGAUGAGGAAACGCCAGAGGACUUCUUCUACUUUGUAGAUUUCCAAAGGCACAAUGCUGAAAUUGCUGCUUUCCAUCUAGACCGGAUUCUAGAUUUCCGGAGGGUGCCCCCAGUGGUGGGGAGGUUUAUUAACAUCACCAAAGAAAUUCUGGAAACCACUCGGAAUGAGGAUCUGAAGAGUGUAUUUUUCACAUCACCAGCAAACAACAUGUGUUUCUUUGCAAAGUGCCUGUAUGUGUGCAAAACCGAAUAUGCAGUGUGUGGUAACCCAGACAUAGUUGAGGGGUCGCUGUCUGCCUAUCUGCCAGGACUCACCAUGGCACCUCGCUUCUCCAUCCCUAACCCCUGGAUCAGAUCCUACACCUUUACUGGGAAACAAGAGUGGGAGGUGAACCCAUUCUACUGUGACACAGUCAAGCAGCUCUACCCAUACAAUUCUGGAAACAGGCUGCUGAAUAUCAUUGACAUGGCAAUAUUCGACUUUUUAAUUGGGAACAUGGAUCGCCACCACUACGAGAUCUUUAAAAAGUUUGGAGACGACGGCUUUCUACUCCACUUUGACAACGCCCGAGGAUUCGGGAAGCACUCCCAAGAUGAAAUUUCCAUCUUGGCGCCUUUGUCCCAGUGUUGCAUAGUCAAGAGAUCCACGCUGCUUCGUCUAAGGCUGCUGUCUCGGCCCCAGUUCAGGCUGAGCGAUGUGAUGCGAGAGUCACUUCUGGACGACCCUCUCCAGCCUGUCUUAACGGAGCCCCACCUUCAAGCGCUGGACCGCCGCCUCCUACGCAUCCUUAAAAUGGUGCAGAAAUGCGUCAAGAAGUAUGGGGAGGCCCACGUGGUCGCAGAAGACAUAAUUGAAACGCAGAAGUCCACCAAUACUACCAAAAGAUAGCGCUCCAGUGGGCAUAAUGGCAGCGGGCAAAACGAAUCUACCAUAAUUCCUACAGAGGGGCAAAACUGAUUGUGCCACCUAUAAAGAAGGAGCAAGAUUGAGAUCCAGUUAUUCUUUUCCUGAAUCCUUUUCCAAGCGAACCAGGACCAUUCCCAAGCAGUGUCAGAAGACCCACCUCAAGCAGGGCACGUUCUGCCACACAAGGGGUCACUCAGAGUGACCUGAGGUCCUGGAGGAAACCCUCACAAAAAGUCUUGAAAGAAUUCAGGGUCAGCUGAUUUGCUGUCAUGCAGCUCCUGCUGCUUUUUAUUCCAUCUUUUUUUUUUUUCAAUUCAAUCCCCCCCCAUCCCCCACAUAGGAGCUAAAAAUUCUUCACUCUAAAAAAAGUAUUGCAACAAGACAAUAAGGUUGGCAUUUACACAUCGGUCCGCAAAUGCAGCCUACAGAAUAUUCCUUUAACUUAAGAAGCUUUGGGAAAAGAGAAUGGAGUCUGAGGGCUGAUGCCUGCUACACUGGUGUUUACAAUGGGAUUGCCAUUCACCACAAAGGGACCAGAUGAACAUUCCUUUAAUUCAGAUGACUAGAAAAUAUAUUUUGAACACCAGGGUACAAUUGAAUGGUUUGUGGCAGCUGUCAGCUGAAGACUGUUAUACUGUUGUCAGAAGUCACCAUCAAAGGAUCAGUGUGACCUUGCCACUAUACACAUGGCCAACAGACUAAACAGCCUAAUGGGCCAGAGGAAUGAUUCUUAAACUCAGCAGGCUAUAAUUUUGAAUACUAGGAUAAACGUAAACUACUUGUUAUAAGCUGCAUCUUCUCACUUUGGUGACUGCACUGGCAUUUGUUACAAAAGGCUAAGCAUCUCUAUUGGUCAUCUGAGCUGGCAGUCUCAGCUCAUUGAUUUGUUUGCUUAGAUGAAGUUGUGUGGUUUAUUGUGGUUACAUUGGUGGCAGCAGUGGGAUACCCUUUCAUCACAGGAGUCUCACAGUGAUCUUCAAAAGCGGAAAAUGCAUUUUGAGUCAGAGGAGUGGUCUUUAGUUCAGAAACACAGUCAUUGAUUUUUAGAACUGAUAAUGUUUCAUAGUGAACCUUCUAACACUGAAACAGAAACCAUUUGCACCAGUGACGUGCGGUGAGGUUCAUGGCUGGUGACUCCAUCAGAGUCAGAUUUACAAAUAUAUGAACCCAAAAGAAUAGCUUCUUCACUAUUCAAUUGGGAGCAUGCACACUGACUACUGGUUUUGUUUCAUAUCUCCUCAGCAUUCUUUACACACACAUAGCUAAAGUUCAUAUUUGUCUAAGAAAGAACGCUACAUUUACAGCGGACUGAGCGCCUUUGCUCCUCACCCUCCAUGUGCUCUAAAUUUGCAGUUGCAAUUCCACAAUUCACACUCAUUCAGUACACAUGAAAGUACAGGGUGGUGUACAUAAAAAACGGAUUUCCAUUUUUUUUUGUUCUUUAUUUCGCCUUAUACAAUUUCUUGUAUUAGGAAUUUGUUAGUUUUCGCAUACCCCUUGGGGUCAGA